AUGGUUCAUUUUCGCAGCCCCGGUGAAAAUCCCCUCCAAGCAGCUUAUGCAGAACUUCUUAAAGAGAACAAUGUGGCAUCCAUUAUAGGCAUGGAGACAUGGGAGAAAGCAACCAUAGUCGCCGAUGUUGGAAACCGAGCUCAAACAAAAACCACGAGCAUCGGAGCAAUCAUCGACGAUGGUACUCGUAUCGGAAAGGAAGUGAAGGCAGCCAUGAAAGUAGCUGCUCAAAAGUUCAACAACUCCUCUUUGUACCACAAAUUAUCUCUUCAUUUUCGCAACACUGGUGGAAAUCCUCUCCAAGCAGCUUAUGCAGCUGAAGAACUUAUUAAAGAGAAUAAUGUUGAAGCCAUUAUAGGCAUGGAGACAUGGGAAAAAGCAGUCCUAGUCGCCGACGUUGGAAACCGAGCUCAAGUGCCAAUUAUUUCAUUUGCAUCAGCUUCAAUCAAGCAACCGAUAAUGCCGCCCCAUUUGCCUUUCUUGGUUCAAAUGGCAACCAGUGUCACUGAACAAAUUAUAUGCAUCACGGAGAUUAUUCGCUCAUUCAACUGGCGAAAAGUCAUAGCAAUCUAUGAGGCUAACUACUAUGGAACCGAUUUCGGAAUGUUUGCUGCAUUAUCUAAUUCACUCCAAGAUCAUGGCGUAGAAAUUGAAUAUUGUCUCGUUCUUCCAUCAUUUUCCACUCUAUCUGAUCCAAAAGGCUUUGUUAGUGAAAAUGUAGCUGAGCUGUUGAGUAAACAAUCCAUGGUUUUUAUUGUUCUUCAAAUAUCUUCAUCAAUGGCUGCUCAUUUGUUUAGACAAGCAAAGCAGAUGAGGCUUAUUGGGAGAGAUUCAGCAUGGAUAAUUGCAGACCCAUUUGCGAGCCUCUUGGAUUCUGUUAAUACUUCUGUUAUAUCCUCCAUGGAAGGUGCUCUAGGAAUCAAGACAUAUUUUGUUGAAGACAGUAGGUCUUUUCUGGACUUCAGGCAACAGUUUCGACGAGUUUUUCAAUCAGAUUACCCUGAGGAAGAAAACUCCGAGAUGGGAAUUCAUGCCCUACGAGCAUAUGAUAGCAUUACUACCAUUGCAAAUGCCAUAAACCGAACAGGUAGUUGGCUGAGAAUUGAAAUUGAAAUUUAUAGUUUAAAAAGGGGAAGAGAAAAUUACGCAUAG